UCCCUCUCUCUCUCCUCUCUCCUGGAGGAACAUUCCCUUGCUCGGAAGCCUUCAGGACUGGGGUGGGCCGGCGCGGUUACCAUGAUGAUAUGCUUGCGUCCCGAUUGGUCGACACCAUCCCCAGGAUUCUGUGAUUAGCGUUUCUUAGUGCCAGGUGAGUAAACCGACCCCUGCAUCCCACCAGCGUUCCCACGACAACAUCACCUCAUCAGGAAGUACUUCCCAUGUCAGUACGGGUGACCCCAGCUGGCCCCGCCCCCACCGGCUCCGCCCCCACCUUGAUCCUGCCCCGCAUCAUCCUAACAGACAUGGAGGAGGAACACGGCUCCACACGGAGCGGGCCAGUUCUGUUCAACAUCAACAACAGCAACAACAAUGAAGAGGAAGAAGAGAAGAAGAAGAAGAAGAAAGAAAAGAAAGAAAAGAAGGAGAGAAAAGAGAAGAGGGAGAAAGAAAAGCAGGAGAAACGGGAGAGAAAAGAGCAGGAGAAGAAAGAGAAGGAGGAGAAGGAGAAGAAAGAGAAGGAGGAGAAGGAGAAGAAAGAGAAGGAGGAGAAAGCCAAAGCAGAAGCUCCAAAAGAGAUCACAGCCAUAGAUCCAGCAGGAAACAUUUACUACAACUGGCUAUUCAUUAUCACCAUGCCUGUCAUGUACAACUGGACCCUCAUAAUAGCCAGAGCGUGUUUUGAGGAGCUGCAGCUAGAAUACCUGGUCUACUGGUUCAUCCUCGACUACACUUCUGACGUCAUCUACGUGGCUGACAUGUUCUUCAGGACUCGGACCGGGUACCUGGAGCAGGGCCUGCUGGUGAAGGAUGAGAAGAAGCUGAGAGAUCGUUACUUCAACAGCCUGCAGUUCAAGCUGGACCUGGUCUCCAUGGUUCCCACUGAUGUGUUCUACCUGGCCCUAGGGAUCAACUACCCAGAGAUACGCCUCAACAAGCUCUUCAGGAUCAACCGGAUGCUGGAGUUCUUCCAGCGCACAGAGACACGGACCAACUUCCCCAACGUUCUGCGUAUCUCCAACCUGGUGAUGUACAUCGUCAUCAUCAUCCACUGGAACGCCUGCCUGUACUACUCUGUGUCAAAGGCCAUCGGCUUCGGCUCCGACGCCUUCGUCUACCCCAACGUGUCGCACCCGGAGUUUGGGCGCCUGGUGAGGAAGUAUGCCUACAGCAUGUACUGGUCCACGCUCACCCUCACCACCAUAGGAGAGACUCCACCACCCGUACAGAACUCCGAGUACUUCUUCGUGGUCACAGACUUCCUGGUGGGAGUGCUGAUCUUUGCCACCAUCGUGGGAAACGUGGGCUCCAUGAUCACCAACAUGAACGCGGCCAGGGCAGACUUUCAGGCGCGCAUCGACGCCAUCAAGCAGUACAUGAGCUUCCGCAAGGUGACCAAGGACCUGGAGAAGCGGGUGAUCAAGUGGUUUGACUACCUGUGGACCAAUAAGAAGGCUGUGGACGAGAGGGAGGUGCUGAAGUUCCUUCCUGACAAGCUGAGGGCAGAGAUCGCCAUCAACGUCCACCUGGACACCCUGAAGAAGGUGCGUAUCUUUGCAGACUGCGAGGCAGGGCUACUGGUGGAGCUGGUGCUCAAGCUGCAGCCGCAGGUGUACAGCCCCGGAGACUACAUCUGCAAGAAGGGAGACAUCGGCCGCGAGAUGUACAUCAUCAAGGAAGGCAAGCUGGCGGUUGUCGCUGACGACGGCAUCAAGCAGUUUGUGGUCCUUAGUGACGGGAGCUACUUCGGGGAGAUCAGCAUCAUGGCCAUCAAGGGCAGCCGGGCAGGGAACCGCAGGACCGCCAACAUACGCAGCAUCGGCUACUCCGAUCUGUUCUGCCUCACCAAGGACGACCUGAUGGAGGCCAUGACGGAGUACCCGGACGCCAAGGCCAUGCUGGAGGAGAAGGGCAGGCAGAUCCUGAUGAAGGACGGCCUGCUCGACCUGGAGGUGGCCAUGCAGGGCCCAGACCCCAAGGACAUGGAGGAGAAGGUGGAGAAGAUGGCGUCGAUGCUGGACGCCCUGCAGACACGCUGCGCCCGGCUGCUCGCUCAGCAGGAGGCCCUGCAGGGGAAGCUGAAGCGCAGAGUCACCCGGCUGGAGAAGAAGAUCGUCCCCCCCGAGGCCCCUGCCCCCGAGGCCCCCGCAGAGGAGGAGAGGAAGUAGGGGAGGAGAAGAGAUGAAAGGAGGGAUGAGUGGAGUGGGAGGAGAUUUCCGGAGACACUGAGACACUCCUCGUAGGACCUUCUACAGGAAGAGCAGUGCAUGCUGGGAGAAAGGAAAGCGCUGAUGCAGGAUGUGAUGUAAGAGGUAGGGGCUUGCCACAGCAGGGUAGUAAUAAGGAUCAAAGGUGAUGGAGGGUGUUGUUGCGCUCUGCGGGGGAACUUGUAAUGCUCUAGUCUUCUACAACCAAAGAUUAAAGUACAGUUGUUACUGUGGAUUGGAAUAAUGUUGUCAAGUUACAUUUUAAAGAUGCUUGUAUUAGGCAUGUAGAGAUUAGUAUUUAUCUCUCCCCCACCGCUCCCCCCUGCCCCAUCUACCACCCUUACCCCCCCCCCCCCUCCUUCUUACCCCUCCCCUCUCCAUCUCUUUGAACUUUCUGUUUAAUGUAACAGGCAAUCAUCUUAUUGCAUACAAACAGACAGACAGACAGACAAACAGACAGACAAACACACACACACACACAGACAGGCAGACAGAGACAGACAGGUAGACAUCGACAGACAGACAGGCAGGUAGACAGACAGGCAGAUAGACAGGCAGGUAGACAGACAGACAGUCUACUACAGUUAAAGCUGUUCCAAUCCCAUCAGUGGUACUCUGGAUUAAUAAACUUGUAUUCUGUGUGAGUAGCAGUGUUGUAGAGCUCCCGCAAAUGGCAGGAUUAUGCUAAUGCACUCUCAUGCAAUAAAGACAUUUUAUAAGUAAACAA